AUAUCUGUGAACUUAAAUGGGCCGCUUAUUCAGUUCUGAAUAGUAGUUCGAUUAACCCUAACUCAUUGUAAACCCUAAACCCUAUUCCCAAAUAAAUACAACCAAUCCAUAGUUUAAUCCAAUUUCCAGCAGGUGCGGCGGAAGUAGCCAUGGGUAUUGAUUUGGAAGCCGGAGGCAAGUGCAAGAAGACCAAGCGCACCGCGCCUAAAUCCAAUGACAUUUACCUUAAACUGCUCGUCAAGCUGUACCGGUUUCUCGUGAGGAGGACUGCGAGCCGGUUUAAUGCCGUGAUAUUGAAGCGUUUGAUCAUGAGCAGGGUCAACAAAGCCCCGCUUUCGCUCUCCCGGCUCACGCAGCUUAUGAAGACCAAGGAGGACAAGAUUGCUGUAAUUGUUGGGCCUGUCACAGAUGAUAUCCGGGUGCAUGACAUCCCUACCAUGAAGGUAACUGCCCUGAGGUUCACCGAAAGAGCAAGGGCUAGGAUUGAGAAGGCUGGUGGAGAAUGCUUGACUUUUGACCAGCUCGCUCUAAGAGCUCCUCUUGGGCAAAACACGGUUCUACUGAGAGGUUCUCCUAAAGCUCGUGAAGCUGUGAAGCACUUCGGUCCAGCUCCUGGUGUGCCACACAGCCACACUAAGCCUUAUGUGAGAGCCAAGGGAAGGAAGUUUGAGAGGGCAAGAGGAAAAAGGAACAGCAGGGGAUUCAGGGUUUGAGUAAAUUAUUUUAUCAGUCAUAAAAAGUUGAUUUGCAAAAAAAUUUCUUUGGUUGAAAGUGAGAAAGUGAGAUUUUGGCCUCGCCCUUUUAGUUUCUUUGGUUCAAUGUUUGAUGGAUACAAUUAACAAUUACCUUUGAUUAUACUCUAUAUUUACUAGUGACAUGACAUCUGAUUUUGCUUGCUUA